AUGAAGCCGGCAUCGCAAGGCUCAACGGUGUCGGAGGCGGAAUCCACACCAGAACAAGAUGGGAUGCCACCUUCAACACCGGAUUGGUACACACGGUUUGCUUCCUUGCCCAAGAAGGAGGAUUUUCAAAAGCUGGUGGAUGAAGUAACGGGUACACUACAAACCGAGAUAUCAGUGGUGCGUACCUCUCUGGCAUUCCUGGAAACCCGAAUCAGCACCCUAGAGGAGAGGGACUCCUGUGCGAGAGGCCCCGACCCAGCAGUUACCCGUUAA